UGUCAGAGCAGCCCUAGGGCUUGCUCAGAGCAGGAGCACCCUGCGCCUUGAGGCAUUUGUCAGUGGGCAGCUGCACACUGACAGGAGCCUUGUUUGUUCUAGUGUUGGAGCACAGCGUGCAAACUUGCACAGCAGUGCUACAAUGAUUCAGCAGCUUGCUGCUGCAGUGGUUACUGUUUAUGGCGUGACUUAUUCCGGCUAUUUUCUGACUCACCUGGCACGUCACAUAAAACAUGUAUUCAGUGGAGCUGCUCCUGAGUGCCUGAGAGGACUGGAUUUUCUUCACUCAAACCACAUGAUCCACCGAGGUCUGAAGAGCUGCAACAUCCUUCUCGGAACCAAUGGCUCUGUCAAGCUGGCUGACUUUGGCCUCUUUGCUCAGCUCACUCCUGAGCAGAGUAGACAAAGCUCCGUGGCCAGCACUUCUGGGUGGAUGGCGCCUGAAGUGGUGACAGGUCAACCAUAUGGCCCCAAAGUGGACAUAUGGUCUUUUGGAAUCGUGGGCAUUGAAAUGGUGGAACGAGAAGCUCCUUACUGGAAAGAAACUUCUGGCAUGCCUCAACUCAUGAUAGCCAGACGAGGGAUACCAAAGCUGCUGCAGCCCAACCUGUUUUCACCUUGGCUGUGUGACUUCCUGAGCUGCUGCCUGCAGACAGACAAGGAGCAGCGCUGGUCUGCCAAGGAGCUCCUGCAGACAGGGACCAAUGUGAGGCUUUGGAAUUUCCUGAAAAGAAGAAACUCCAAGGACAGAAAGCACCAUUUCUAGAGCACUGGCAGGGCAAAAAUCCCAGCAAGAUGAAGACACCUGGUUAAAUGGAUGAGUGGGAGUCUUGGCCAGGUUUGCCUGUGAUGGCAAGGUCCUGCACAUAAAGAUGGAGGUGCAGAUGGUCCAUCUUUCUGGAUCUUUCUAGGAGCCCUGUGAAUCCUGUGAAGCACUGAGCUUGGAAAGUCAUGGUUCAUUGAUUUUUGUUGAUUUUCUUUUUUCCUUUGGGCAGCAUCCAUUUGUAAGAUUUGCUGAGCCUGCAUCCAGCCUGGUGCCACUGAUUGUUUCAGUGAAGAAGAGGAAUGACCAAAGAAACUGAAAAUCACAUCAGGACCAUUUACUUCUCAACCGGCACAGGGCAGGAUUGUAGGUUCGGACAAGGGUUAGGGUUAGGGUUAGAGUUGGGGUUAGGGUUAGGGUUGGGGUUAGGGUUAGGGUUGGGGUUAGGGUUAGGGUCAGGGUCAGGGUUAGGGUUAGGACUAGAGUUAGGACGAGGGUUAGGACUAGGAUUAAGGUUCAGGUUAGGGUUUAGGACUAGGCUUAGGUUUCGGUUAUGAUUGUCUAAUAGGCCUGCUGAUUAGAAAUUAAUAAAGUUUCUGAAACCAAAACUCUCCCUGAAAUUUCCUUCCUUCUCACUCUCUGAAUAAGCUCUUGAUUUCCUUGUAAAUUUUCUUUUGUUUCUUAAAGGU